AGCUCUCCUUGUUUUAAGCCUGCUCUUUUCAGAGGGAGGACUCUCCUGCCGCUGCAUAAAACACCCACGCCCAGAGAUCCACACGCGCAUACUUCCCAACACACACUCCUUCCGAACUGUGCGGAGGACCUUCAUCCUAAAACUUAUACACAGCCCAGAGCGUGGUGGUGUCCAGACAUCAAGAUGGCAGCACAGCAGGGAACCCCAGCCAUGGCCAACAAAGGUCCAUCCUACGGACUGAGUCGCCAGGUGCAGGACAAGAUCGAUAAGAAGUAUGACCCGGAGCUUGAGCAGCGUCUGGUGGAGUGGAUUGUAGCCCAGUGCGGUUCUGCAGUGGGGAAGCCUGCAGACGGCAAGCAUGGCUUCCAGGAUUGGCUGAAAGAUGGAUGUGUCCUGAGUGAGCUCAUCAACAGUCUCCAUGAUGGAGACAAGCCUGUAAAAAAGAUCCAAAGCUCACCAAUGGCCUUCAAACAGAUGGAGCAGGUGUCUCAGUUCCUUAAUGCUGCAGAGGCCUAUGGCGUGACCAAAACCGACAUGUUUCAGACUGUCGAUCUCUGGGAGGGAAAAGACUUGGCUGCGGUGCAAAGAACACUGAUGGCCCUUGGCAGCAUUGCAGUCACAAAGAAUGAUGGGACUUUCCGUGGUAACCCUGACUGGUUCUUCAAGAAAGCUCAGGAGAACCGGAGGGACUUUUCUGAGGACCAGCUGAAAUCAGGGAAGAAUGUUAUUGGCCUGCAGAUGGGCUCCAACAAAGGGGCAUCCCAGGCUGGCAUGACAGGCUACGGUAGACCCAGACAGAUCCUAAACCCUUAAAUCCACUAAUUUCUAAACCCCAUCCAUCCCUUUCCACUUCCCCUUACCACUCUAAACAUGCGCCAAAGUCUUAAAUCUACCACACCAUCCGUAUACCGACAGCAGAAGGAUAUAUACAUUCAUGCAUUCAUACACUGCUCACAUACGAAAUCAGAAACAAACCAACAUUGCUGUUGCACAUCUGGGACGAGUAAUGAGUUGCUGAAAACGUUGAACGAAUUCCCAAAAUACGGCACAUGGAUGAUGUAAAUUUGAUAAAGUUUGGCUUUUGUCCUAAUAUUCUAAGUGAUUUUAGUUCCAAUGUAAUAAAGGAGGUAACUGACUGACAAAAGAUUUUAAUCAUUUGGAAGUCUGUGAUAACACCUUUAUUUUAGCGAACCUGUACUUCUAUGGUCAAAGUUCUAUGCAAAUAAAGGUAUGCUAAAACAAGUUGUUGGAAUAAGAUUGGAAUUUCUAAAAUGUGAGGCUGUUUUUUUCCCUGUCCGAGGCACAGCACAGGUACAGCCUUGUAUUUUUGUAUUUUGUCUAAUUAAAAGAUGACUAAAAAGA